UGAGUGAGUGCAGUGUUAUGGGGCAGGAUGGGGGCAGGACAUAGCGCCGAUGGGGACGCGGGGGCAUACGCCAGCGACCCGCCAGCCUCUGAACGGAAGAAGGGACAUAGCAGACGCCGCAGACAUUCGGUGGACUCGGUCGCGUCGUAUUCUAGCCAGAAUCACGUUGACCGAAUACGGACUCAAAAUUUCUCAGCGGCUUCUUGUCAAGACGAUAGUGACUUUGGAUCGAUUAAAACAAGUCUCUUCAGGAGGUCUUCAUCCAACUUAGAAUAUCCGGCGAAACGUCCAGACAGCGUCACUUCCAACACAAGCUCUACAAGAAGCCGCCUUCGAGAAUUUGUUGAAAGGAAAUCGAGUCAGGACGAACAUAGAUCCGGCGCAAAUCCCGUCGUUGAUAUACAAUACUUUGAAAAUCCCGCGGAAACGCUAGAAUUUGACAGUCCACGCAAUUCGCUUGAUUCGAGAAAGAAUCAAGACGAACGCCCAAAGAAAAGGAAGUUAUCAAAAACUAAAGAACCAAACGAUACUAAGAAUAAAAAACAGGAGAAGUAUCAGAGCAAAUUAGCAGACUAUUACAAAUUACCCGUUCAACUGCCCCAGGACGAGUUUUAUCAGCACUUGACCAGGUCACGCGCGGCAGAAGAGUUCUUGCAAAAACGCUUUUCUAACUCCGAAACUGAGUUUAGUGGAAGCUACGGCAGGUUGUGCAAGCACAGAGACAUUGAAGGCUCCAAUUUACGCCGCAGUAGAAGCUUAGCAGUCAUAAGAGAGGAAACAUUUACGGACCUUCAAAUACAAAACCACGGGAAAAAUAAGAGAUCUCAGCUAAUUCCACGAGCUCGUUUAUUUGAUAAACCUUGUUUUAAAGACAGGUUAACGGGUCGUACCAAAUACCAAACUAAGGAAGAAGUCUUAGAAGGAAUAUAUAUCGACAGCACAGUUUCGUGUUUUGCUGAUAUUAAUAGACAAGGACAGGAGGAAUCUAACCCAGCACCUGUUACUAGCGACAAUAAUUCAGCAAAAGAAGGGUCUGUAUGUAACGAGAGUCAACAUUCUAAAUCAGCUAAUGGAAGUUGGGCUAAUCUGACCGAAGAAACAAAACAAAUAAACUUAUCGGAAGAUAGUAUCGGACAUUCACGUAACCCAAGUGAAAUAGAUAGUUUGGAUUCAAAUUACGUACGUAAGCAUUAUAACUUUGAGGCUCAUUUAAAAAAUUGUAAGGAAGGCUCUCCAUCUACAGGCCGAUCUCUAGCUUCACCGAGUUGUAAAGACUUAUAUAUUGCUACUGAUGAACAUGAUAGUGAAAAUGAAUGUAGACUAAAAUCAAAAACCCCAAACUCAGCGUGUAAAGAAAGAGGACCAAGUGCGCAAAGUCAAAGAAAUAAUUAUAAUGAAAUAGAUAGUUGUCACGUGGAUGAUCACGUAACAUACGACAAAAUAUCGAUUCAAAGUAAAGAGAUUGACGUGAAAGAUAAUCAAACGGACCUUUAUGGAAAUUGCAAUGAAAUAAAGGACAACGGUGACAGUCAAUCUAUUAUUUCUGAAAACGACGGAACAAUAUCAAGUCCACCAGAUAGCAUCACUUCAUAUAUUUCUAUUUCUAUUGCUUCAUCAACGGAAAAAUCGCACAAGUUAGAAUACCUGGCACAUUCAUUAGCAGAAAAAAUUGAUGAAUAUUGUGACUCACAGAAUCGUGAGUCAAACCAAAUAUCUACAAAAUCACCUGUAUUGAAUUCAGAAAAUCAACCAGAUAAAGAACCUAUUUACACAUCAGUACAAAAGAAAAAAACAUUUGCUGAUUUACGUAGGGAAUCCUUUGCCAGAAAGCAAAAUUCGUACCAAGAAAACAUAAAUAACGGACACGCUGAUACGUAUGUAAGUCGGACUUAUAUUGAUACAGAAACAUAUGAUAAAAGAAAUACUUGCGCAUCAAAAAAUAUAACUACAGAACCUUUCGUUACUACACUAAUAGAAAAUCAGUAUUACUCCUUGCCCGAUAUAAAUAUAAGCAAGUGUCUGAGGAAAUCUGAAAGGAUUGAUGCACAAUUAAGAGAAGAAGAUCCAGAGGACAAUCCCUGUGAAAAUACGUAUGAAGUGGCACAAACACAUUUUAGAGAAAUAUUGUGCAAUAAAAGUAACGAAAAUUACGGACAACUUAAUAAAUCCCUUAUAAAUAUCACCUCUGACCACAAAUUAUCACAUAAUACAUCUAUUUACUUACCUGAAUAUUCUGAACCUCAAAGUUUACAAAACUGUACGAAAUUAGAAGACGAUUUAAAGUCAAUUAUAACUAUUGAAAGUUCCAAUGCUGACGAUCACGCUAAAGAAUUUCUUUUAGAUAACCAUCAAAACGAAAGAGAAAUAAAUGAAAUAGAAGGCACAAUCCGUAACACUAAAUUAGUCACCAAAUCGGAAAGCUUGGCAGUAAAUUCAGACUCUAUAAAUAGACAAGAAUAUAAAAUACUAAAAUCAUUUUCGAAUGACAAUAUUCCUAAAAGUGUAACGGGAAAAGCAAAGACAAAUAUCAAGAAGCACUAUUCCUUAAGACAACGUGAUCCAGUUGAUUCUGUUCCAAUUCCAAGUCCUGAUACUGUAAUAAGAGGCCUAAGAAAUAAAGAUACAAGCAGAGUGUUUUCCAAUCCAUCAUUUGCAGAAGAAAUAAAAAAUCACUGUCUACUAUCUCGAGUAAAAUCGUUUAAAUCUUCUCAACAUUCAAAGAUUGAUAUUGUCCCUUUAAGUGGUCAUCAAACACUUGUUAUAGAUCCGCCCUUGAAUCAAAGUACAGAUAAACCCAGACCUACUAAACACUUAGAGGAAGAAUUCACCACUUGUUCGAAAAAUAAUAACGAUAAAGUAAUAAGUUCAUAUGAAGAAACACCAGAUACAAUAAAACCUUGCGAAACACAGACCAAAGAAACAAAUUCUUCGGAGACUAAGGAGUCAUUUUUCACGAUAAAAUUAAACAAAGUAGUCAAGACAAAUCUACAGAAAUUGCAUGCUAAUACUUGUGAUCAUAUAGACUUGAAUACACAGCAGGUGAUUAACAAACCACCAUCAAAAUUAAUUAUAAAAGACCAUAAAAACUAUUCACUUACCCGACAAUUUGAUACCACGAAUAGUAAAAUGACUCGGCCUCAGAUACUACAAGUAGUUGAUUCCAAAAGUAAGAAAUAUAAUAACACUCUAGAGAAGAGUAAACCAUGUGAAAAACUGGAAACUAAUAACAAUAAAGGGGAAGACAACCAAGACAGUAACGACUUAUCAAGAGUACCUAAAAUGGAAAAUUGCCAAGUGAAAGAUAAAUUAGAUGAUGCUAUUAAAACAGACAUUGAAUAUCAAGUAAAAAUUAACUCAGUGAAAAAUUACUGGUCACAAUUGAUAGAUAAAUCUCCUGAUCAUUUAAAUAAACAGGAAAAAGAAGAAAGUGACCUUCCGAAUCAAUUAAACCAAGGAGAGGAUAAUGAAGUAGAAAAAAAAAUUUCUAAGCCGUUAAGCAAAGAUAAUACUAGUUUCAUUCCCGAAGUAUCCGUGGGUAAAAUAAUUAAAUCAUUAGAGAACGUUAAAAUUGUCGACAGCAUCAAAAAAAUAAGUCAAGCUAAAUUACAAUUAUGGAAAGAUGAUACAGAGAAGGUAAAGAGCGAUUCAGAAAUAGAAGAAGCACCUAUUGAAAAAAUUGUAAAAGAUAAUGUGAAUACUCAAAAUUUCUAUCAAACACCCAAAACGGAGAACAAUAAACAAAAAACUGAAUCAGACUCCUACAGAGAUACUCCAGAAAUAGAAAUAGUAGAAUUAAGCAGUGACGAUAACCAAAAUCAAAAAACACAAGCAACUUUAAUAAAAGCUAAAGGAUAUGAGAAGGGCUGUGACGAUUUCGAUCAUGUUCGUUAUAAAGUUAUGAAAUCAGAAUUAUUUAAGAAUAGUAUGAUCGCGAAUUACCGUAAAGAAGCACAAUUUGACGGAUUACUACAAUAUUUGCAGGAUUAUAGCUUUCAGGAACUUCUGACAAAUAAUAACAUUGUUAUCAUUGAACCAGUCAGAACGAAAGUGGAACCAGCACCUAAAAAAAUAAAUAACACCGACCCGUAUAAAAUUCAUCCAAGUCAACUAAAAAAGAAUGAGUGCUUGUCACAAACAGAGAAGACGAAAAAUGCUAUACGAAGACACUUUUUCUAUCAUCCAAUAAGAGUAAAUAAAGAAAUAAUAGAAGAAGAAUUACCUAAUCCGGAUACUGUAAAAAAAGUAAGAAAUUUAUUUGAAGAUACAUUGAAAAUGAAAAGCCCGAUGACUCAGGAUCCACCAUUAGUAGAAGAAAAUGUAGGCCUCACAAGGCGUUCCACGUCUUACAGGAACCUGACAGAGGAAGUUAAAAGCAAUAAAAGUGUUGGAAGGAAGAAAAUAGUACGCCAAUUAACUAUCGAUACAAACUUUGGUCAUAAAAAAUGGGACAAUGCCAGUCUGUCCAGUGGAGUUUCAAGUGGUGACUUAAGUUCCAACAAUGAUUACGAAGCUGAUGCUCUUAGUCCAUACUCAAAUAAAAAUAUUAAAGAUAAUGCAUAUAGUUCAAGUGAGGAAUAUCUUUGCGAUUCCGCAAAUCAAGACUUUUGUUGUGAAAGCCAAUAUGUCAGCCCAGAUAUUUUGAAAAAAAUUCGAGAAUGCGGAACUUCUGUUACCUAUUAUGGUGGUAAAGUAUUAAAUUCUAAAAUGGGUUCAAAUGUGAGUCCAAUGACAAAAGCAAUUAUGGAUGAAAUAAAAAGUUUGCAGCGAAACUGUAGCACAAAUUGUUAUUCAUGCCAAACAAAAUGUAAGGGAGAAAAAUGCGCCUGUUUAAUAGCAGAUAAGCACCGGCAAAAUCUAGCAGAAAAAGAAUCACAACGCGCUAUUGAAUCUGAAAAUAUCUCAACCCCAGAAAAACAAUUAAGGACAGAUCAUUUUCCAGGAUUUAAAUUUAAACUUGUCAAAUCAAAUAGUUGUAGUAGUCGAUUAGAACUUACAGGUACAGAUGAUAACAAAACCUUAAAACGGUUUAGAAGACAGAAUUCAAAAGAUGAUCCCCCUUUAGUACACGAUGAAGAAAAUUCCGUGAAGAACAAAAUUUGCCGAUUAGAAAGUUAUAGUAAAGGACAAAUAAAAACACCAAUUAAAAUUAAAAACAAUGACGAAAAGACAAAAUAUCAAUCGGAACAAAGUAAAAAUACUGAAUUAAAAAUCAAAGACAGCGUAAAUAACGAAAAUAAAUCUAGCACUGACCAGGAAACAGAUAGCCAGAAAGAUCAAAUACAAGAUAUUGCUUCAGGUGACAAUCACAGUUUUGAAAAGAAAUUCUAUUAUGUUAAUAAUAAUCUAGAAUACAACAAAGUAGACACUGUGGGGAAAUUUGGAGAAAUGGUCUUCGAAGAAUUUGAAGUGUUAGAAAACUGCUACGAUAGUUUAAAUAGCAAUAAGUCUUUGAAAUAAUUUUAAAUAUUAAUUAAGAGCCCGUAACUUUUGCAUUGUGAUCUGGUUACAAAGAUUACUAUACUGGUAUAAAUUAUUGCUUGUAAAUGUAAUUUCUUAUACAUAUUAAUUAGCAUAAUUUAUUGUGUAGUUUAGUUUUCAUGUACCUACUAAAAUUAAUGUAAUUGUCGUUCAUCAUUUGUAUUCCUUAACCUUUUAUACCAUAAGUCCUGUAGGGUGAUGGUAUUAGCCCCAAUAAUGAAUAAAUAAAUGAAUAUAUUAUAUAGAAAUAUCA